CGCGCCGCGCGGACCCAGCUAACUUAGAACCGAAGAAGCGCUCCCCGCGCGGCCGGUGCGGGGAGCGGCCGGUGCCAGGAGCCUGCGGGGGCAGGAGGGGGUGCCAGAGCCUCCGACGCGACGCGGGACGCACCGGGGAGCAGCCCCACCCCCGGGGCUGAGGGAGCCGGGCCGGGAACCGAGGACCGCGCUUCCUCACCCGCUUCGCGGAGGAGCCGGGGCGGGGCGGGGUGGGGCGGGGCUCUCCUCCACCAGCCCUACCCCGGCCCCGCUACUGCGCAUGGCACGUUGCGUACCUCCCCUCACCCCCAGCAACCGGCCAGGCGGCGCGGCCCUAAACUAAGGAGGCGGAGCUGAGACGGGGUCGGGACUGCUUGCUAACUCCAGGACCAGGCUUAAAUUUUUGAAAUUGAAGUAGGUCUACACAUUAGGAACUCAUGUCUUUUCUUGUAAGUAAACCAGAGCGAAUUAGGCGGUGGGUCUCGGAAAAGUUCAUUGUUGAGGGCUUAAGAGAUUUGGAGCUAUUUGGAGAACAGCCUCCGGGUGACACUCGGAGAAAAACCAAUGAAGCGAGCUCAGAGUCGAUAGCAUCCCUCUCUAAACAGGAGAUCAUGAGUAGCUUCCUGCCGGAGGGAGGGCGCUACGAGCUACUCACCAUCAUAGGCAAAGGAUUUGAGGACCUGAUGACCGUGAACCUAGCAAGGUACAAACCAACAGGAGAGUAUGUGACGGUGCGAAGGAUUAACCUGGAAGCCUGUUCCAAUGAGAUGGUGACAUUCUUGCAGGGGGAGCUUCAUGUCUCUAAACUCUUCAGCCAUCCCAACAUCCUGCCAUAUCGAGCCACCUUUAUUGCAGACAAUGAGCUGUGGGUUGUCACAUCAUUCAUGGCGUAUGGUUCUGCCAAGGAUCUCAUCUGCACACACUUCAUGGACGGCAUGAAUGAACUGGCGAUUGCUUACAUCCUGCAGGGGGUGCUCAAGGCCUUGGACUACAUCCACCACAUGGGAUACGUACACAGGAGUGUCAAAGCCAGCCACAUCCUGAUCUCGUCCGACGGGAAGGUCUACCUCUCUGGUUUACGCAGCAACCUCAGCAUGAUCAGCCACGGGCAGCGGCAGCGUGUGGUCCACGACUUUCCCAAGUACAGUGUCAAGGUUCUGCCUUGGCUCAGCCCAGAGGUCCUCCAGCAGAAUCUUCAGGGUUACGAUGCCAAGUCUGACAUCUACAGUGUGGGAAUCACAGCCUGUGAGUUGGCCAAUGGCCACGUCCCCUUUAAGGAUAUGCCUGCCACCCAGAUGCUGCUGGAGAAGCUGAACGGCACAGUGCCCUGCCUGCUGGACACCAGCACCAUCCCCGCUGAGGAGCUGACCAUGAGCACCUCGCGCUCAGCAGCCAACUCGGGCCUGAGUGAGAGCCUGGCCCCCAGCACCCCCAGGACCUCCAAUGGCGACUCGCCAUCCCACCCCUAUCACCGCACCUUUUCCCCUCACUUCCACCACUUCGUGGAGCAGUGCCUUCAGCGCAACCCAGAUGUAAGACCAAGUGCCAGCACCCUCCUGAACCAUUCUUUCUUCAAGCAGAUCAAGCGACGCGCCUCAGAGGCCUUGCCUGAGUUACUUCGCCCCGUCACCCCCAUCACCAAUUUUGAGGGCAGCCAGCCUCAGGAUCACAGCGGGAUCUUUGGCCUGGUAACAAGCCUGGAAGAGCUAGAGGUGGACGACUGGGAGUUCUGAGCCUCUGAAGAACGUUCACAUUCUCCGUCCCGGGUCGCAUGAGCCCCGGGGGCCCUUCCCGAGGGCUGGCCACAUUCCCACCCUCCUGGGUGCAGAUUGGGUAGAAAGGACAUUUCUGCCACCAGAGUUGGCCGCUUACUCACUGGGAGAGAAAUUCCUGAAGAGAAACCUUCUUUACUGCUCCGGGACUUCUGAGACACAAGGGAAUCCCAGCAACCAGUGAUCAGAGAGGCCGGGAAGCUGACAUUCCAUCCUGGGAGCUCAGGCGACCUCUUCAGAAGGAAGAGAUGCUAUUCUGGCCCCAGAGGGCCGAAGGCCAAGCCCAGGGUUUGACUCUUUGACCCAGGGGACUGUGGGACUUCCUCUUCUCACUCUUGCUGUCCUACCAGGCUGUUCCAUUCUCUUCCCCCAGACCGCGCCCUAACGACUGGAACGAAAGGAAGGGCAUUUUUUUCUUGCUAAGCACCACAUGAAGGGGACAGUCCCUCCUCAUCCCUCUCAUUGCUUGGGCUGCAACAUCUAGAACUUUCCCAUAGUUCAUUGUGUGGUUCACCCCUUCCCCACCAAGAGUCCAUCUUACUGCCUUCUGCCGGCUGCCUUGAGGCUUUCUCCAAGGCCACAAUGCCUUGCCUAGCCUGAGGAUUUAAGUCCUUAUGCCGCUUUAGUUUCAUCGCCACAACAAAUUAAAAUUUUUGGAGAAUCCACUGGAGAGUGGCAUUGCUGUGUGCCAGCCAUAUAGUCACCCAGUCCACAUUCUCUGUCCCAGAGCGGUCCCAGGAGCGCACGCAGAAGCAUGGCUGUAACCACUUCCAUUAAGAAAGCCUCACAACAGACACAGAGCUGUCUCCCCACAUCCAGAAAUGUGAGGCUAUUCAUUUUAGCCUGCGGCCAUCCAUCAAACCACUUUGGGGCUGGAAAGGUCUAGGUGCCGAAGACUAGCCCUUCCGCAGGCCCCACUUCGAGGCCACUAGGAGUGGAGGCAAAAGAGGCUCAUCUUUGGCAGGGAGGGUUUUGUUCUGUAACAUGACUUGCAGUGUCUUCUUACCCCUGGAACUAAUACCCAAAGAGCAGGUAACCUAAGACUGUCCCCUCUCUGUCAUCCUGGCUGGUGGCCAAUGAGGCUGGGCAAGGGGGUGAUUCCGCCCAGGGUCUCCAUGGUGCUUCCCAGCCUGCAUGGGCACCUUCCCCCCUGCCCGUCCCUUAGGGGUGAGGCACCCUUCUCUGGCUCAGGCACUAAAAAUGUCAGAUUAAGGAAGUGCCCCCUCCCUCUUCUCUAAAGCUGCUUUGAACCCUCAAAUGCUCUCAAUUUCCCUUCCCUCAGAAAUUUUAAUACCAGUUUAAAAACGA